AUGAGCGUAAACAGGAUGGAUGAGAAGCAGAGGGUAUGUGGAAUCCAAAUCAAGAAAGGUUUGUUGGGAAGAAGAAGUUCGGUGGAGACGAUUGUCCUGUUGGAACUUGAAACCUGGAAAUGGAAAAAGCUGAGGUUUCGUCUAUCUACUAUUGCACCGAUUCUCCAACGUUCCACCUUCCUCAUUUGGCAAACACAGAGAGGGGGAAAGGGAAAAAGGAUUCUUGAUCAUGUCUCUUAUCUUCUCCCGUAUUAUGAUUUCCAAUUACCCUACACUUCACGGAAGCCAACACAUUCAUAUACAUUGAGACAAACACACGAAUUGAAGCAGAGCCACAUUUUCAUGCUUGCUAAAUUCUCUUCUCUUUUUCUGUUACACGAUUUGUCGAUGAAUAUGUAA